AUGGCUCAGGUGCAUCCCAUCACCCAGCGAGCACUAGGCCUGGGCGGAGCUAAUGGGGGCCACGCUUACGUGGACUAUGAUGACGAGGGCUUCGCAAACCAGCUUGCUGAUGCAAAAUGUGAUGCCAAGAAAGACCCUUUUCGAGGUACUGUGCAACUCCUCAAAGAGGAAGGCUUUCGCCCACUGCGCCGUGUCUCACAGGGAUCCACUUGA